AUGCGGCAGCGAGAAAUGAAACAGGAAGAAGAACUGUUGGAAAAGGCGUUACGAAAGCAGCAACAGCACUUGGAUCGAAUGGGACGCAUGCGGAAAAGUUACCAGGAGAAGAUGUCAGAAGUGCAGGAGAAACUGGAUACUUCCGGUUUGAGAAACAAAUGGCUGGAGAAGAAGCAGGGGUUUGUAGGGCGCAUGGGAUCGCUCUCGCUGCAGGAGCAAGCAGGAGGAUCAAAGGGAAGACGAAGUGAGAAGAAAGUUAAGAUGCCUGAUCCGGAAGACCAAGAAGAAGAAGAGAGCGAAGAAGAGAUUUCGGAAGAGGAGAGCGAGGAUCAAAGCAGCAGUGGAGAAGACGAAGAUUGUAGAAGUGAGGAGUCCGACGGUGAUACCGAGAAAGAAGUGGACGAAGAUGAGAACGCGAUAAAAAAGAAGCACAAGAAACGAAUUAGCAAGAAGUUAGUAUCCCACGGGCUGGGGCGGCAUUCAGCUGGGCCUACAAAAGCACAAUUAGCAGCGCGGAACGGGUUAUCUAAGAAGCUUCCCAUAUUUUCCGGGAAGCCUGAAGAGUGGCCUCUUUUCAUAGGUAGCUACGAAGCAUCAAACGAGGCGUGUGGGUACAAUGACGUUGAGAACCUCGUACGGCUACAAGAAUGUCUUAAAGGAUCGGCUUUAGAAAGUGUUCGUGGACAGUUGUUGCUGCCGAAAUCGGUGCCGAAAGUGAUUGAGAAACUGCGUCAACUCUACGGACGUCCUGAACAACUUUUACAAUUUCACCUGGAAAAGGUUAAUCGGUUGGACUCCCCAAAAGCCGAUAGAUUGGAGACAUUUAUCCCUUUCGGAAAUGCGGUGGAGCAGCUUUGUGACCACCUGGAAGCUGCUGACUUGAAGCAACAUCUAAUCAAUCCAUUGCUGCUUCAGAAUCUGUUGGACAAACUGCCGUCACCAGAUAAGAGGGAGUGGGUUCGGUACAAAAUCAGCAAGAAGAAGGUGAAUUUGAGAACCUUUUCCGAUUUCCUAUCGCGAAUUGUGUCGGAGGCUUGCGAAGCAAAUGCAUGUGGUACAGUACAAGGGAACGAUGGCCGAACAGUGAAGUCCGGCAGAGGAGGAAUGAGAAAACAUGGCGCAGUCUACGUCCAUAGCACGUCCAUCAACCCAAGUGGCAGCACUCCCCUUGGGAAUCCUCCAACCGGAAGUGUAAAGCCCUGCAGAGUUUGCAAGCGAACGGAUCAUCGGUUACGGUUCUGCCAAGACUUUAAAGCACUAUCUUUCAGGGACCGAAUGAAAGUUGUCGAGAAAGGUAAACUUUGCCAAGUUUGUCUAAACGAUCAUGGAAAUGCACCGUGUAAAUUCAAAAUUCGUUGUAAUGUCGUAGAAUGCGGAGAACGCCAUCAUCCUCUUCUACAUCCGUUUGAAUCAAGAAUUGUCAUGAACAGUCACUUCCAUGUCCAAGGUGCUAUACUGUUCCGGAUGGUACCUGUUACAUUGCACUGCGGCAAUCGCAUGGUGAGCACUUUGGCGUUCUUGGACGAAGGAGCGUCAAUUACUUUGGUGGAGCGUUCGUUAACAGAUAGAUUAGGUGCAGUAGGAGUUCACGAACCGCUUACGAUCACCUGGACAGCAGACGUUACAAGAGACGAAAGAAGCUCAACGAAAAUGAACCUCUGGGUAUCCGGAAGUGAUGGGAAAAUUCUGCUGAAGGCAGUACAGACAGUAAAGCAAUUGUUAUUGCCAAAGCAGUGUGUAGUCGCGACAGCAAUGAAGGCAGCAUACAGGUAUCUACGCGAUGUCCCAUUUUCUUCCUAUUCAAGUCAGCGGCCGGGUAUGCAAAUUGGACUUAACAACCUACACGCUAUCACACCAAUGGAAACGAAGCUUGGCCAGCCUGGAGAGCCUAUCGCUGUAAAAUCGAAACUAGGUUGGGAAGUAUACGGACCGAAAAAAAAUCCACAGAAAGGACGGAAUUUUGUCGGAUAUCAUCACGAAGUUUCAAAUGAAGAGCUGCAUAAUCUUCUGAGGGAGCAGUACGCACUAGAAGAGUCCGUAGUGGCCGUACCACAGGAGUCAAAGGAAGAAAAUCGAGCUCGUGAAAUCAUGGAGUGGACAACAGUUCGUGUGGGCGAUCGUUAUCCCAUGGCGGUGCGCCGAAUGAAGCAGCUGGAGCAACGUUUAAGGAAGACACCAGACUUGUUCGACAACGUACGUAUGCAGAUCGUAGAAUACCAGCAAAAAGGGUAUGCGCAUCAGGCAACGCCACAAGAAUUAGCGAGAUUUGACCCGAGUUCAUCGUGGUUUCUCCCUAUUAACUUCGUGUUGAACCCGAAAAAGCCAGGGAAAGUACGAUUGGUAUGGGAUGCAGCGGCAACAGUGGACGGCGUUUCACUCAAUUCCCAACUUCUGACAGGCCCGGAUUUGCUCACCCCGUUACCAAGCGUUAUCUAUCGUUUCCGAGAACGACCAAUUGGAUUUGGAGGCGAUAUUAAGGAAAUGUAUCACCAGCUAUUAAUCCGAGAAGUCGAUAAAUGCGUUCAACUGUUCUUGUUCCGAAAUUCACCGGACGCUCCUCCUAGCGUAUAUGUUAUGGAUGUCGCUACGUUUGGAUCAAAAUGCUCUCCGAGUCAAGCACAUGUGGACACGGUUCAAGAAGCCGUCAACAGAGCAAAAGAAGUGCGAUUCAUUCAUGCGAAUGGUGGUUUCGAGAUAAGGAACUGGGUGUCCAACUCCGGCACAUUUCUCGACGAGUUGGGAGAAACGAAGGCGUCGCAGGCCGUACAUUUCAGCUGCGAUAAGGAGAGCGGAACCGAAAGAGUACUAGGAAUAGUGACGUAA